AUGGGCGAUGAGUGGCGUGGUUCACAGGCAGCUUCACGUUGUGCAUUACAUGCAGCCGAUGCGGAUUUGAACAGCAUUUUGGCGCACAACCCACUUUUCUGUGAUCGUUGUCGUGAUGAGCAAGUGUUGGUGAAAACGAAGGGCGAGGAGCUUCUGUUCCCGAACGGCCCACCACGUUGGAUGAGCACCAGCAGCAGCAGCAGCAGCAGCAGCAACAACGGCAGCUCUACCACCACCGCCACAACUUCAACUGAUCAACAAACGAAUGUCAAGAAGUUCUCGUUACCGCUGUUGGAAUUUUUCAACCAGUUUCAGUCAAGUUUUGGUGGUGGUGGUGAGGCAGCAGCAGCAGCGGCAGUGCCUCAGGAGGAAUACCAUGAAAGCCGGGAAAUUCGAAGUAUCUAUGAUAUGCAACAGUACAACCAGCAGCCAUUGCCGGCACAGAAAACUGAUGAAAAACCAAUGAAAGCAGCUCCUGCCAGAGCCGAGAAGCCGAGUAUCGGUGGAGCUGGUGGUGGUGCCGGCAAAAAGAUACGCCGUGAGAAGAAACAGGAAGCCGAGAAAGAGAAGCCCCAUGUCCCGGCCGGAAUCGCUGUGCAUAAGCUGAUGAAACAGGGUUUCUCGAAAGAUGUGGCACUGGAGAAAUAUGUUGAGAUUCAGCGGCAGAAAGCAGGACCAAAAUCGGAAGAGAACAAAGUUCAGAUUGAUCGAAAAGAGAUGCCCUGGGCACCGCCACAUCCAAAAAUGUUGAAAAAACGACAGUCGGUAAUCCAGCGCGUGGUCGAUCAUCAACGUUAUGUUGCUAUUGUGUCGAAUUUCCUGAAUGCGAACCAUUCGCAGCCACGCUUUCUACAGAAUCGUCAGGAAGUGAGGAUUAUGGAUGAGAAAUUGGCAGCUGAACGAAUGGAAUAUCAAAAGCUGGCACUACAGAGCCUCAGUGACAGGAAGAAGCCAAUUUAUGGAUGUGAUAAUCAUCGAGUUAUCUCUUAUAUUUUGUAUCCGAUUGAAUCGGAUGAAUUGGCAUUACAUUUGGCAAACAGACACGGCGUACGAGUGGUGAUGUGUGCGAGUAGUGUAAUGAAAAUCCUAUCGAAUCCAUGGGUUGGCGAUUCGCCAAAUUAUGUCAUACCAGUGAUGGUGAAAUGUCAUUUUAGCGAAAGAACCAAUCGUUUCGAGAAUACUUGCUUGGUUGGUAAACCAUGUGUGGAGAAAGCAAUCAAUGGCCCCUCAGCAUGGCGACGAUUCGUAAAAUUUUCGAUCAAAUUAGCACUGUAUGACAACAAACCGGCAAAAAAAACUGGUGGCCGACAGCGGGCAAAUUUUGCGAAAUCCUCGGCAAAAACAACGGAUGGUGGCAGUGAAAUGAAGGAUGGCACAGAAGCACCCGGGACUAGUGCUGCUUGUGAUGAUGAAGAUGACAGAGGCACUCUGUUUAUUGCCGAGGAAGAAGAGGAGGAAAAACCAGCAGCGCCUGAAUCAGCCAGCAUGAACAAGAAGGCUGAUGGUGCACGAAAUGCAAAGCCAGAUGCCGCUACACCUUCCGGGACGACAACCUGACUGGUGGAAGAGGGCGGGUUUUCCCGGUUCGAAGGUGCUGAUCUCAGCAAACGCUACGCGUUAUUUUCACUUGGACAUGAUGGAACUCAGGAUGUUGAUUUGCUAAUACGCGGUAACAUCGAUGGCAUCGACUCAACUGGCAGCGAACUGUCCAUCGCUUUUAAGCUGGAAUAUGCAGCCGAAUUUGGUGCCGAGAAUCUGGACGACGAAGAAUUUCUUCAGGACUAUUUUCGUUGUAAAUUAAAAGGUGCUUCGCAAAUUCUUCGCCUCAGAGCGGAGCAAAGAACACAAUGGUUAAAAAGGGUGGUGUUACAUUUGGAAUCACUUCAAGCUGGCAAUUAUCUGAUUCGAAAAGAACCUGGCCGAAUACAGAUUUUCCCAGCUAUCGAUGACAUGAUGCGUGCAUAUGUGAGACAGGAUGAAUUAAAAACACUGUAUUUCGAUGAUCGUAUACCGUCGGUGCAGGAGGCAUUUCGUGGCAUAGAUGAGCAUCUGGUGCUUGUGUAUCACAUUGUACAGAAACGAAUACCAGCUUCAUUCGGGCCAAAAAAGAAUAAUGAUCAGAAAGAUGGCAAAAAUAAUGACCUGCCUCCUACUGUGGGUAUCGUAUUCACACGGGGUACUGUAUCUACCGCUCCGAAGUUAGAUUGCACAGAUCCAGUUCCUACUGUGGAUAUCGUAUUCGCACUGAGUACUGUAUCUACUGCUUCGAGAUUAGAUACUGCCAAACGCGAUGCACCGGCGAAGCAACAACCACCGGCUGACGAUAUUUUCGGUGAACCGGUGCCCGAAUUUGCAAGAGUCGAACGAAAUACUCCUACGGGUCAUCCGCCAAGACGGGGCAGAAAAAGGCCGAGAGGGAAUUUCAGAAGAGGCGCCAGAGCUUAUAACCCGAAGCGUUCGAGAUUCGUGGAUUUCGAUGCGCCAUCCUCUCAGGGCUUAUGA